AAAUGGUGUCUUAGCUAGCUGGCUAAUUCCAUCUGAGAAAUGGCACAGACCACAGGAAAGGAAGCUAAAGAGCUAUGAAGCAUUUCGAAAGAGCAUAGCUCAUAGCUGCACGUGGGAUCAAAUGAAUAAGUGAGUGCAAACGAGUGGAAGACCCCUUAUAGAGGGUCUGCAGCAGCCGUUCGUUUGAUCUUGAACUUGAACAUUGCACUUGCUGAUUUACAGCCUGUGUCUUUAAGCCUGUGGAGAGCGAGCGCGAGGGGAGGGGGGAGGGUCAAUGGGUUCGUUUGGGGCUGUGCUGACGCUGCGCCCUCUAGCGGCGUCCAGGAUUGGCCGGUUUCUGUUCUUUCUCUAGGUCUCUCUCCCUUUCUCCCUCUCUCCCUCUCUCUCUCCCGGUUCAGCAGGCUUGUUGGUGUUUCCAACUAAGUGUCAGAUUUGCAGCGAGCUGAAGAAAAGACGGCGCGAGCGAUAGUGAAAAGAGGGACUUAAAGAACGAGCAGCACGAGCGAAUGACAUGGUCAGCUAACGAAAGCGAGCGUGCAUUGACCUUUUCCUCGCUGGAUAGAGGGAGAGAGAGCUAGAGGGAUAGAAAGAAAUAGAAGGAUAGAGGGAGACGCGCGCUCGAGCCGGCUCGGCUACCAUUUUCAGGUCAAGCGAGGUGACACUACAGCGAGCGAGCGCGCGCAACGAAAGAAUCAACGGCGAAACUUACGAAGCUACGGACAGAGGAAAGCCGGCCACGAUACUUUCAAAGAGGAGAAGGGGAGCUCGAGCCGCAUGGAGAGAGCCGGGAGCCGCCGGGUCCGCGCGAGAUGAAUGUAGCUAGUUAACUAGCCUGUGAGAGAGAGAGAGUGAGAGUGAAAGCGAGCGUGCAUUCGUGCAAACGAGUGAGUGAGGAAGAGGAGGAAGAGCAGGAGGAGGAGGAUAAUAAUGAUGAUGAUGGCUGACGGGAGCAGAGGAAGAGGGAGGGCGGCCGAGUGUCCGCGCGGCGGCGCGUUUCCCUCUCCGCCAGCGGCAGCAGCACCGUCCUCGUCGUGCGUGGUGGACGUGCAGGAGCUGGCAUCGAAGCGCGUGGACGUGCAGAAGAAGCGCUUCUACUUGGACGUGAAGCAGAGCGCGCGGGGUCGCUUCCUCAAGAUCGCCGAGGUGUGGCUGGGCCGCGGGCGCGGUGGCGGCAGUGGUGGUAGGGAUGGAGGUGGCGGGGGCACUAACGGUGCCGGGGGCAGGGGCAGGGGCGACGGCGUGCGCAAGAGUAAGCUGACGCUGUCCAUGUCGCUCGCGCCGGAGCUUCGCUGCAGCCUGGGCGGCUUCAUCGACUGCUACGCGCGCGCCGGACUCCGCCACGCGCAGCAGCACCCGCAGCAUCAAGGAAGCAGGCACGAGGAUGAGCAGGACGAGGACGAGCGCGAGGCCGGCUCCGGCUCGCCGACGCCGUCCGACGAGCACACGUCGGCCACCGCGGCGCAGCGCGUGCUCAAGAGCGAGCUGAUCGAGCGCGAUAACCGCAAGUACUACCUGGACCUGAAGGAGAACCAGCGCGGGCGGUUCCUCCGUAUCCGGCAGACGGUCAGCGGCGGAGGGAGCACCGGCGGCAGAAUGAGCGGCGGCAGCGUGGGUUACUACUACGGCACCGGAGGCGGAGGGGCCGCGGCGGAGCAGACGGUGGUGCUGCCCGCGCAGGGGCUCAUCGAGUUCCGCGACGCGCUCUCGCAGCUCAUCGACGACUUCGGCGACGCGGAGGCCGACGAGCCCGGAGGGGGGGACCGCGCGCGAGGAGUGGACCGGGGCCGCGGAGAGGGCGCGCGCGCGCUCCUGCCCGAGGCCGCGUCGUUCCGCGUGGACAACAAGCGCUUCUACUUCGACGUGGGAGCGAACCGGCGCGGGGUCUUCCUGAAGGUGAGCGAGGUGCGGCAGCCCCACCGCAGCGCCAUCACUGUGCCGCUGAAGGCGUGGGCGCGCUUCGGGGAGAGCUUCAUGCGCUACGAGGAGGAGAUGCGCCGCAUCCUGGCGUGCCGGGCGGACAGGAGGACGGAGAGGCGCGCGGACGUGGACGAGAACGAGGACUGACGACGGCUCCUUCCUGGCGUGCGUGUGUGAGGAGAGGGGGAGUGUAUUGAUGGUGCACACCUGAUCACCAUGAUGUGUAUUUGUGUGUGUGUGGAUGGUGAGGUUAGCCAGCUCGACAAUGUGUGUGCGCGCGUGUGUGUGUGUGCGCGCGUGUGUGUGUGUGUGUGUGAGAGAGACAGUGCACAAAUGCUUGCCACGGUGUGUCAGUGUGAGAGUGACAGCAUAUGCCCACACACCAUGGAGUGUAUGAGUGAUACACACACUGAUACGAGUGUACACCCCAUCAGCUCACAAUAGUGUGUGUGCGUGUGUGUGUGUGUGUGAGACUUGCUACAAUAGCUUGGAUUUGAGAGUUUGUGUUGUGUACAUCAGCUCACUGAAAGUGUGUGUGAGAGAGAGAGAGAGAGAGAGAGAGAGAGACAGCAUAUGCCUGCUCACUGUAUGAGUGUGUGACAGCAUAUGCCCACUCACCAUGGUGUGUGUGUGUGUGUGAUGGUAUACACCAUCUCAUCAUAGUGUGCAAGUAGGCCGGUCCCAUUAACUAUUUUACUCUGGACAAUAUAUAUCAAUAUUGUCCCAGAAAUAACUGCAAUGAACAUUGUUCUUAUUAUUAUAAGAAAUUACAAUAUUAAAGGUAUUAUACGUAAUAGUGAACAUAUUAUUAUAAAACUAAAAUAAUACAAUAAUUUACAAAAUUAAAUACAAAAUACUGUCUUGUUCACAUUAAUAGGCUUCUCUUGCUCAGGCAAAUAAAAUGACAAAUAAAGAGAUAAGUAAAAAAAAACUGAAGUCAUGUUUAUUAGGGCUGCACAAUAUUUGGAAAAAACUGACAUUGCAGUAGUUUUUUGUUUAGCGAUAAUAUUGCUAUAUUAGAAAUUGCAGAAAUUUUCAAUAAAAAAAUAAACAACUGACAUGUCAAUAAUCCAACAUUUUAUGAUAUUGAUGUGCCAAGUGUAUCAAGAAUUGGAGUAAAUUACGUGAUUUUGGGCAGACAUAAUCUAGCCAAAAACACUUUUGUAGAUAUGAGAACUAAGCAAUGAUUAAUUUUGCCUUAGUUUGACAAUGUAAUUAUUGUGACAGGCCUAUGUGAGAGUGUGUAAUAGUGUGUGAUGGUGUACACCAGCUCACCACCAUGGUGUGUGUGGUUGUGUGAUGGUGCACAUUGCCAGUGAGUGUGUGUUUGUGAGUGUGUGUAUGUAGGAAAGAGAUGCUUCACACCUGGCAGAGGGAGAUGUGUUCCAGUGUUCUAGUUUCUAAGCCUGUUUUUGAACAAUGUACCUCUAUAGCCUGUUACUGUAAUGUACGACUCUGGUCACUACGAUAGCACUUUUACACUUCCACUGGACAAAACACAGCUCCUCUUCUCGGGACGCAGGCUGGCAGGAAAUGAAGGAGCUCUGCUGUGGGUAGGAUGCUCUGCUGGAGGUUAGGUACAGGUUGGAGAGACAGCGGAGGAGAAACGUUUCAUUCGGCAUCCUUCACACAUGCUGAAAUGCCUGUACGUCAGUGUGCGCGUGUGUGUGUACAUGUGUGUGUGUGUGUGUUUGCACAGAAUGCGUGAAUGUGAAUGCGUUUGUGUGGCUAGUAGAAUCGAGCAGCAGUUUUAAAUGACCAUUUUACACAUGCAGAGUUAGAGGAACCACACACAUUUCUGUCGUCUGUCCAUUUGCACCCAGGCAGAGUGAGAGCGAAUGGGCUUUGAGGCAUGAAUAGAAAUUAGAUGAAAUUCUUUAUCUGUGGAGCAAGGUCAGAUAAAACACGCAGAAUACCUUCAUAAAUUGACUGGGCAGGAGGUAUGCAUGCCAGAGACGUAGUAUAAAACUGUACGUGUAUAUGAAGUCUCUCGCAAAAAAAAGACCAUUAUAAAAACACUGCACCAGGUCAGCAAUAUCUAUAGGUUUAAAUAAGUACAAAUUAUUUAAAAUAACUCUUAACAAAAAGAAACAAUUCAAUGAAAACAAUAAAAAAUCCCAACAAAAAAACUAAAAACAAUAGCCGUAUCCAAAACUGUGCCCUAUUCACGUUCCCCUACAUGCAAAACUGUUAUAAAAUAUAUAAAGUAAAAAACUAAACAAGGAAGUAAACGGUUUCGCAUAUCAAUCUUUUUGUGAAGUGAUUGCUGUGUCAUGGCAAAUUGUGUCUUCCACAGAUAAGCAGUGCUCCGGUCCAAACCACACAAUGGAUUAUGGGUUUUUCAUAUCCAGUAGGUACACUGUGUGUACACUAUAGCUGUGUCCCAAAUGCCAGGCUGCCGCUGUGGUAGACCAGAUUUCUUGGCCACCAUGUCAUAGAAGACUGGCCUGGAAAUAAUUCUAAUAAACAAUAUCAUUAUCAUUUUUUAAAACUGUUUAAUGCCAUAGUAAUGCCAAUAACUGCCAAACCCCAACAGAUUAGUACUACACUUACACCCUUUUAGGGCCCUAUGAUUAAGAACUAAGAUUGUAGCCACAGAAUACACAGAACUAUACCACAGUUAGUUCCGACCCUGCAUUGUGAUUGGCUGAGAGGCAUUUUUUAAGUGAUAAAUACAUUAUCAGCCAGUAAUGUAACUGUAACCGAAGCUCUUCAUGUAUUACUCCACCACAUACAGUUAACAGGUAAUGAUGCAGCUCUUACAAAAAGCAAAUAGUGCAGCUACACACAGCAGCAAUGGAACUAUUUUAACUCACAGAGUAUUUAUAACCAAACAGAUCGUAUUUUCUCAUCCUUUUUAACUCAAAACAGUGAUAAUGGAACUGUGGUAUGAUCGCAAUAAUACACUCAAGGUUUGUGCUAUAAUGUGUAAUAUUGGCAAUGCUGUCCUGCUAUACGACUUCAGCACAGCACUGACAAUAUUUCACGUUAUAGCAUGAACCUCGAGUGUAUUAUUGCUUAAUUAGAGAACAAAAACAUGUAAAUCUGCUAUCCAAAAAAGGAAUUUAAAAUAAAAUCACAUUCAUCACGGUGUGCGUGUGUAUAGCUGGCUAGCUUGUGUGGGAAUGAAAGAAAAAAAGAAAGACCGCACCACUAAAAUUGACAAAAAUGGUGGAAAACCAAGCCUCUGGAGUUUGCCCUGUGAGACUAACAGACUACUGAGAUGGCGAGUAGGCUAUUUGGUAGUACAGGUUUACCCAGGACCUGCCCUACCUCGACUGCAGUCCAGGCUUUGGGACACAGUUUAUAUUUUAUGGUGCAAUGUGGGGAAAAAUAAAGUCCCCUUCCACAUAGUGAAUAGAGCACAGUUUCAGAAGCAGCUAACCCUGAUGGACAGGCUCUGUCCAUGACAGGAUUUUUCUCCUCUCACAGAUUUUUCAGGAGAGGUUGAGGCAAAAACAAAGGGAACGUACAUAAGGAACUUGAUCACGUAUUAGUUCCAGCUGAUUUCGUUAAGGCUUCCUAAUGCACUCAGUGACAUACACAACUUGCUUACUUACUCUUAAAGGAGGAGUUUGACAAAGAAUCAGAUUAACAUGAUUUAUCACUUGAACAUGAACAUGAUUGAUCACCUGCCCUAGAUGCAGUCCAUCAGCCAAGAAACGUUUGGUAUCUAAUAGCGCGCGCUUCUUUAGUUUACAUAGGGAAAUGCUAGGCUAGGGCUGGUAACAAACACUAGCAUUAGACUGCCACAUGUUUAUUUCAUAAGUUAGCUUCACAAACUGAGUUUUAAAAUUCGUAAACCUUUUUUUUUUUUUUUAAAUUUGAACAUUUUAGUAAAUUCGAUAAAACAGCAUGGAUAACCUUAUUUAACCCUUGUGUGGUGUUCAUAUUUUUGUUACUCGUUUACUGUUACUUGUAUUUAAUUCAGCAAACUUAAGCAAUUUUACAUUAAAAUGCUUUACACAUGCUUGCUUCACCCUAAUUGCAAGCAAUAUAAACAGCUUACAUGGUUAAUAUUUGCCCUUUACCUUUCUUAUGUUACAUUUCUUUUAAAAAGUGCUACUCUUUUUUUUAUUAGUUUUUUAAUAACAUGUAAAAGAAAAUGAAUUAAACUCAAGAUAUGAGUAGAAAAUUUGUUUAGCUUCACAUUUACAAAUGAAGCAAUGUUUAUUAGCCCCUGGCCAAACAUACUGUAUGUAAUAUAUAUAUAUAAAUAUUUUUUUAGUAUCAUUUGAUGAAAAAUGAAAACGGGUCCCACAGACCCAAACACCACACAAGGGUUAAACUUCUAGGCUAAAGUGAAGCAUCAAUGGGUAAUGACACUAAAUAAAGGCUAUGUUUACACAGCAGAUUAAAAAAGGCUGUUCAUAUCUUUUAAUUAUGACCUAUAAGGUAUUCCAGUUUCUGUGUGUAAACAGAUGCAUAUGCACAAAAGAUCACCUUCAAAUUUUGUCUGAAGACUGAAAACCUCCCUCAGUGCUGUUUUCCAUUUUGUUCUAUUUGACAUAAAAAUGACAUGAAUUAUGAUCUGGCUGUUAAGAGUAUACUGUCACAGAUCAGAUAUUCUUGUGUACGUAACCAGUAUCCAGUGACCUUACAUACAGUCUUCAGUUAGAAGUUAUUCCAGUUAGCUAAAAUUGCUGCACUGCUAUUUGGCUAAUGUUUAUUGUAAUAUUUGUUUAAAGACUAAAGUAAGCUAGACUGUGAUUAUAUGAUGUGUCUGUACACAAAAAAUGUAUUUAGUGUGUCUUCACCAGGUUAAGAGAUGUUUUUCAGUGUGUGUAUUUAGAAAAAAUUAAUUAGUGAGUCCUUGUCUAGUGUUGGCUAGACACAUUAGCUUAGCUUCUCCAUAUCUAAACGUGUCUUGAUUAACUGCAUCUAGAAUCAGUUAUAAAUCAUGCUCAUUUGAUUGUUUACCAAACUCAUCUUUUAACAGUAGUAGAAUGUUUUAUAUAUUAUUAUUAAGCAGAAGUGAGUGACAUUUCUGCUUAAACACUUCUGCUUACAUGGGGAUUAGUGCAAUCGGAACAUUUUGCACAGUUUUUGUGUUUUAAAUAUAUUGAAAAUAAGUAAAUCUACAUUGAAACAGGAUUUUUUUUGCAUUAUAUACUCAGAUAGGUUUGAACAAUGGAACUUGUUCUUUGUUACAGACAAAUAUUAACUACCAUUGUUUACAUAUAACUGAGCUGCUACUGUUGGGAUGGAAAGCAUAGUAGCAAGCCAAACUGAAGAUACUGUAGACAGGUUACAGACUCAGAUCAGAUUAGGGAGAUGGAUUAACCUGUUUAAUACAGUAGAUUCCCUUCUCACGGUUACGCAGCAAUCAGUAAAGAGAAAGUAUAGCUGUAUUGAAUUCAUAGGUCAAGAAUGAGUUCAGAUCAGACGCCUGUUAUCAUCAUCAUCCAUAUCAUUAUCAUCCUCAUCCUCAUCAGUACCGGUACCAUUGGUUUAGGAUGCUAGGCCCUGCUUCAUAGUAAGUGUACUUAAUACUGAGACUGCUUUUAACGUAAUUGCUUUAGAGCAUCUGAGCAGACUGAUGUUCACAGAUCACAGACCCACUUUUUGAAUUAGAGUAAAGCUAGCUACACACUUGCUACAGCUAAUGCUGCGUUCAUGAAAGCUUAGGAUUUUUUUCAUUUUCCAGCUUAGGAUCUCCUGUGUAGCUAUUUCAGCAUGUCCACAAUGGUGUCAUUUACUCUGACAUACCACUUCCUGUAUAAUGGGAUAGGUCCCAUGACUUUUGCCAUAUCUCCUGAAAGCUAAAUAUGAUGCACUGACCUGUGGACUAUGCAUGUGGGCCCUCCUGCAUUAAAUGUAGGAAACUAGUAUAUUGUCACUGACUCACAAAAACCUUGUAUCCUCUGAAUUUUAGCUUUAUAUAAAAAAGGAAAAUAACUUAUUGGCUUUCAAUUAAAGUCAAUGUUAAAUUGUUUGAUUCCAAGUAAUUGAGUUAUUGAAGAAUCCUUCUAUCGCAAUUCAUUAGAAAAAAUGUGAAAAUGUAAAAAAUGUUUUUCCCCAGUCACUAUAAUUAUUAUUAUUCUGACUAAAUAUUUUUUACAGAUAUUACAGCGAUAAACAAUAUUAUUGAAAUUUUAAAACAAUUUUAACAUGUUGCUUCUAAUAAAAUGCUUAUAGCAUGUGCACUUCACUUUUAAUUAGUAAGAAUUUAGAGCUUUCUUUGUAUGUUUAACCAGAAUACUCUGGUAAAAAAAGUAUACAUUGACUGAGAAAUACCAUUACUUAUCUUUAUAAUUUGGAUGUAUAGAAAUAUGAGAUGUUCUGCAGUUGUCAGAUUAUUCAGGUAGUGAUGUAAACAGCAUAAUCCUAUUUCUUAGAUCACAUAAUUCUGUAGAUAAUCUGAUUAUGCAUGUGCAUGUAAAUAUACUGAAUUAAUUGGUAAAUCGUCCAAGUUCAGUGGUAGUUAGCAAAAUUAACCUAGCAUUUUCUUUUUAUAAACGAAAAAAGCACACAUUAGACACUAAAAAUUGAGGUCAGCCAAAAAUAUUGACAUCUUGUCCAUAUAUUAUAUGAUGAGUCUAUAAUAUAAUUAUUGUAAGAUGUCAAAAAAUCCUGUUGGGUCUGUUGGGUAUUUGUUUCUAGAGCAAGGCUAAGAUUUAAAAUGUGUUAAAAAAUAUUGUUUAUUCAUGAAAAAAACCCAAACCUAGAGUCUCAAUUCAACCUAAAAAAAAUCAGUACAAAAAACUGUCAUCAUUCCAAGCACACAAAAAGACAAAAGACACCAGAUGAAUUUAGAAGAGGAAGGAACAGUACAACUCCCAAAAACACCCAUUAAACACCAAACCCAAGAGUCUAUCAGACCCUAUAAUCCAAUAACCUCGCAGACCCUUCUCUCUAUCCUCUCUCUCUGUCUGCACUCCCACAACAACUUUAAUACAAACCAAAUGUAAAUGUAGUGAAUCUGGUAUGUAACAUUUUACUUGCUCUCCUAAACAUACAAAGACAGAAGACAGUCCGGGUCAGUGUAGCAUCUUUCAGGCUAGCUUAGCCACAUGUGACCUUCUGAUGGGCUGAGCAGAGUCUUGUGAUCUCAGCAGCAGCAGCAGCCUUCAGCAGGAACACACUGCGUACAUCUCAGCCCCUGGACAAGUACUAAGCAUGAAAACAACAGCCUACUGACAGAACAGACACAGCUCAGAGGACUCAGAAAAUAUUCCAGUCGCAGUCUGAAGCAGCCUGACCGCACUGUGGUGAGGAGAUACUGCCUAAAUAACGAUUACAGGAAGAGAUCUCAAACAGCAGAAAACUGAGAAUAGACUGAAGUGUCUAAAAUGAUCCAGAUUUUUCUUGGGCAUUUAAAAAUGUAUAUUGCCAAAAAACAUGUUUUAUUGCAGCAAAUGCUUUUAUAAAGUAAUUUAUUCAGCCCACCGCAGUUUAACUCCUCCAACUCACAUCACAACAGAACAGAACUGAGCUCAUUUACCGUAUUUUUCACACUAUAUGGUGCAUCAGUCUAUUUUCUGGUCUAUUUUCAUACAUAAAAUGCAUCAGAUUAUAAGGUGCAUUUUAUGUGACACUUGCAACUAGUAGUAGCAACAGGGGUGUUGGUCGUGUUUUCCUUCUAAAUUCAUCAAGAGUCCUGUAACGCUAAGCUAAGUAAACAAAACUGUAAUCCUUAAAAAAAAAAUCAGAUAAGUCAAACAAACGCUGGAUGCAAAUCUACACAAAUUCCUCUCCUGAGAACUGUUUAUUUUGGUCAGUAAAGUGCUUCUGUUUAUUCACAGUAAGCUUAGAUUUACAGAUUUUCACUAAAGCUGAAGCAUUAGCGGCUAACCGCUAGCAGUUAGUGGUUUGAAGUUAGUGCCACCCAACAGAGCUACACUGAGGAACCCUGUGUUUUUUCCACUAAACCAGGGAGAUAUUAGCUAGCGGUUGGUCCCAUGUAGCUUGUUUUAACACAGUAAACGCACAGGAUACAGUCUGAUAUAAAUAACUCGCCUCUGAACAGCACAGGAGCUAGCGCUGCAGUUAGUGGGUAAUGCUAAUGCUGCUCCAACAGUGCUAUCCGGGUGAGCAACAGAGUACAGGCAGAUAAUACCUCUGAACAGCACAGGAGCUAGUGCAUCAUGUGGUUAGCAGCUAAUGCUAAAACUGCUGGAGAACUAAACUAAAACUUCUUUAUAACUCUGCACUUCAGCAAAGUGGAUUUACUUUUACAACCUGACUGGUAAAAUUCAUACAUAAGGUGCACCGUAUUAAAAGGUGCACUGAUGAUUUUUGGGAAAAUUAAAGGAUUUAAAAUGAGCCUUAUAGUGCUAAAAAUACGGUAUAUCAGUUUUAAAGACCUAGUCAUACCCAGUUUCUGUAAACUGAUUUUAACACUGAUUAAUUUGAGCAGCAUCACAAUCAGUCAGAUUUGGACUUUUUGUGUAAAAGAGACAAAAUAUACAUAUUUUGGUUUAAUAAUAAAAACAGUAGUUACUUUGUACACUGUAGUUAUCAAAUAAUAAAAUAACCAAAAAUGUUAUGUAACAAUGUUAAAAUGACCUCAGAAAUCAGAGCAUUGGAGGAAACUUUUUCUGGUUUUCUGAGCAGCAAUUUUCAAAGUUGAAUGGUCAUUCAAGUGAAUUUUUCCCAUUUGGUGUUUAGAAAACCUCAUGAACGCAGCAUUAGCCAAGUUUAAAAAAUAUAUUAAAUGAGUUUAAUACAUUUUUUAUAAUAAUUAUUUAUUAAGCCACAGAAACUGUCAACCCUGUGAUAUUUAUUUAUUGUCUGUUUAUUGAGAUGUGAAAGGCCCAAUUGUUGUGAAAAUGUAUACUGCAGUAUAGAACCUAAGACCUGGGCCUGCUUUUGUAAAUCUAGGGCUUAGCUACUGUUUAACUGUUCGGUAAAAACUGGUCGUGUAAAAAAGAGUCGCAAUCUAUAGGAGAGAGCAAACAAUGGAUAGAAACGUCAUAUCUUAACAAGCUAUAUUAUACUGAAAAUCUGCCUGACAGGCAUGUUAAGGGCUUUACUGCUUUCAUACUUAAAACAGGGCUUUUUACCAAUGGAAGCCAGUUGUUUUGGUGCUGUCUUGGCGUUACCAUUGUUUUCCAGUGGACAGCACAAAAGCUUGGUUUGAUGUACUUGUAGGUAGUAGAGUCAUCCGUCCCAGAUAGCAUGAAGAAUCAAGGCUGUAUUGGUCAAAUGUGGUUCAUACUCAACAACUGGAGAAAUGGAUUGGGCCAAUUGUUGUAUUACACUUGGCAGCCGGGGUGUUGGUACAUUCAGCCCUCGGCCUGAAUGUGAGCCGAGCAUUUGGGUCAGACUCAAGCCUAGACUCAAACUGGAGCCAUGCCAAUUCUACUCAGACUAGGCUGCUGGUAGUGAUUAUGCUGUCUGGGGAAGCCUUUUAGUUCUUUCAGUUGUGCAAUUACAGAGUAAGCUUAGAGGAAAACAAGUUUUAAAAAGAAGUAAGAAUAAAUGGUCUCUGGAAACAUUCAUAGGACAGAGGUGUUCACAAGACACAAAGCAAAGCAGCGUCGCAAGUCGAGCGCUGGCCUCAUAACUGCCUGGCAGUGGCCCUUAUGCCUUUUCUAUGAGGACAGCAAAAAAAAAAAAUCUGUGCUACAGGACAUUUCUUUGUUCACACCUCAUAGCACAAUGAAACGUAGAGGUUGAUACAAAUAUUUGUGGUCAGUUUUCUUCCUAUAAUUAUUUCCCCCCUAUUGAGUGUAUGUGUAUGGUCUGAAAGACGUCUUUGAGCAUGUUCACGUACGUAUGCAAAUAAUGUCCAGCCGACAAAAAAGCAAUCCUUUUGCCCAUUCCUAUUGGUUCUUAGUGCUUUAAAAGACUUUGAUAUUAAGUAAGAUAAGAUAAUAUUAUAAACUAGCUAUUUGAUGCAUUUUUGACCACUUGCAAUUUUUAGAUCUAUCCAUUUUAGAGUUAUAUCUAUCUAUCUAUAUCUAUUUUACAGUGCAACGUAAGGAAGGCUCAUGUGGGCCAAGCUCACAUGGCUAACCCAUUAAAAAAUGUCCUAAAACAUAACAUAGACAUCAAAAGCAGCACUUCCCUCUAGCACUUUAUUAAAACAGCACUUUUAGCUGCCGCCGCCGACGCUGCUGCUGUUGCUGCUGCCUCUUUUACUAUUUGAAUUACUCAUUAGAAGGGACGGUUUCUCACCCAUAUGACGAAACGGAGGGAUCGAUUUCUCACUUGUGUGAUAAUUAUGACAAUCACGCACAUACAGAGCGUCUCACCAUUAAGUACACAUUUUACAAAGAAAAUGCAGCACAUUCUUAGCCUCUCCAGAGCACUUGCGAUGCUCGCUUGAUGUAAAAACUGGACCGAAUUUCCAGAUUUGACACUAAAACAGAAAUCAUGUGACCUGUGAGUGUGUUGGCUUUGUAUUGUUGUCACAACUAAGGUCUCAGUACACCAAGAGAGCAGCAAACCUAUAGACUAUAUAAAGAUUAUAGUUAACCAAGGAACAUAAUGUGUGAUUGACAGUUUUUGUUUUUUUUUGCUUGUUUUUUUAUUGUUUUGUUUUCAGCUUUGCUUUUAAGUUCCUCGUUUUGCUAUGACUGACUGUAAAUGUAUAUGAGUAUGAUGAACAUGAUGAGUAUGAUGAAAGCUGUCCCAGGGGCAGCGCCUGUUGUUAUGGACCUUUUCUGCUUAAAGUGAACUUUUUGGGUUUAUUUUCCAGACCUUAAUUAUACCUUAUUCCAGACAAAUGAAUAGCAACGGCAGGACAAAACCCUGCCCUUAGUAGUCUUCAACUUUUAAUAGUUAGUUUGUUUUCUUCCACUUCUUGAAAAACUGUGGUUUAUUACCUCUUAUGAAUGCUCUUUUCUCCUAUUCAUUUAUUCUACUUCAGGGCUCACACGUACUGGCCAUUGACAACUUAUAGAUUCAUACAUUCUAUUGGUAAAAUCAGCUACUAGAUUAUUUUAGAAUAUUACAUUUAUUUCUAUGUAAAAAGGCUGCUUCUUUGAAAAGUGAUGAAGACCAUAAGGCCAUAAAGGAUGUUACCUCUGAACUCCAGUAGUGCAGAUAGAGUAGAUAAAGCUAGGGCUGGCCUGAAUCGCUUUAGUAAUCAAGUGUUUAUUCAUCAUGUUCAUUUGCUUUGUUUUGCAUGUCCUUCCACACAUAAUUAUUAAGAUUGUCAUGAGCUGGAUCAGGUCAAAAUUACUUGAAGCUAAGUCGAAUCAUAUAUGUUGGAGCAAGCUUCACGAGUUCCUCAGGUGGCUCGGUGCUGGAAUUAAAAGCCAGAUAAAUCCACACAGAAAUCAUGAGAAGAUAUAAUGUUUCUGCCAAAAGCACACCAAGUUAAAUCUCCAUUUUGCUUAUUUCAUUACCCUAUGUCAACUAUGUCAACCCCUAUGAUCAAUUGAGAAUUUGCAAAAUGUUUAAAUAGAGACCUGCCAUAUAUAAUGCAUAUUUUGGAUAUUUAUUAUUUUGAAUUUUAAAUAAGAGUAUUUGAGUUCUGGUAGUUUGGAAACAUCAACAAGCAUCUGAAGCCUGUAAAAUGCUCUUCGGGCCAGCCCUUUUUGAAAAGAUAAAAAUGCACUUUAAAACUGUACACAUGCUUAUUAUUUUUGACCUCAAAGAAACUAUAUAGAACAUAUAUAAUAUGUUGUGUAUGUAUAGAAUAUGAAAUGUUAUCACAAUACUGUAACAUGUUGUUUGGUACCAUUCGCAUCCUUUAUUAGCAGGUGAAUUAUUCUGGUCCUUCCAGGCUUUUCAGGCCUUUCAGGGUGAUGGGAUGCUUGAUUGGUAGAUUUGGGAUUUUGGGGGAAAUUUUAGGAAACGUUCUUAUUAUUAUUAUGUUAUUUGGUGCAUAAGUGCACAAGUCCAUUACUUAGUAAACUAUGAGGCCAUUUAAAAUGUUAUUUUAUUGCAGCUAUCUUAGUUCUCACACUCUUCACACUUGAAUUCAUAGAAUUGGACUGUUAAUAUGUAAUGCAUAGCCUGACUUGUAUUCAAGUAACACUUUUUAAACCCAUAAGCCUUAAAAUCAUUACAAUGUGAUUUGUAAUGAUUUAGUGUAGGUUUAUGGUUUGAUGGUACUGGAACUGUACGUUGCCUUUAUCACCAAAAUGUAACGUAGUUGUUGUUACAGUACUUUCGAGGCACAAAAAAAGCUAACGUUAGAAAUUGUGAAUGGGGUAAUUGAGCAUUCUUAAUAGUAGGACUUUACGAAGAAUGAGUAACGAGAACCCAGUAACGAGAAACGGUUUGACGGUUUGAAAACAGCGGUCCGGCCGAGGCGCACAGGCCUCUUUCUGUGUUAAUAACUGAUAGUCGUGUAGGUAAUGUGCUGUAAAGGUGUGGAUAUCGAAGCUUUGUUGGUUCGUUCAUUUUUGUUUCGUUUUUUUCUCUUUGUGUUGAUCACGGCGCCUCUGCUGCUGAAGUUGGAAAUUUAGAAGUAUAAGUGUUUGAUAAAGACUCAAAAAGAAAUGGUGAAAUAAAAAAUGUUUUGGUGUAUCUUUUGAUAAUGUAACGUACAUCCUUAGUGUGUCCUCCUAUAGUCCUAUAGAAUAUUAUAUGACUCAAAACAAGAAAGCAAUUGUUCUGUAUUGUAGCACUUUCUUUAACGUGUGUACUGUAUUAGUUCACGUUUAACAUGUAUGGUACUGUAUGAAUAUUCAUUAAUUGCCUUGUAAUGUUUGUAAACGGUUGCGACAUGUAGGAUACGUACUCGAAAGGAUACUUAAAGUUUGUGCAUGCUGACAGCUGGGUCCUGACUGACUCUCGAAAAAAAUGGUGCUAUACUCCGAUAUAUAAAGGUGCUCAUACGGACCCCGGGUGCAUGCAUGUCGAGUGAAAAAUUGACGAAGUAGAGCAAACUUGAAGCUGAGUUAUUGGUCAAUCACCAUAUGGUCGUAUUGGUCGUACAACCGUAUGACGAGAUAUCCUCCCUAAAACACGGGCGGUUUGGCGUAACUGUAAAUUGCAGACGCGGUCAGCAGAUACCUCAACAUCAAGGCUGACCAAGAUCAAAAUAUAGCAAGCUGCGCAGGUUUGCACCAGCAGAAGUAAUGGCUGCAGUAAUGGUCAGAUGAAUUUAGAGAUAUCAGAGAGAGAGAAAGAAAAAGAGAGAGAGUACCGCAGCUGUACUGUUACCCAAGAUAAUUCUCAGCUCUGUAAGCCGUUGAGGAAGCCUGCACCAAAGUAAAGUACGAGACUGCCGUGCCUAUUUACAGUUACCCAACCUCUGUGUGGAUAAACUCCAAAAGAUCCAUAGACAAUCUAAUGAAAUAAAACUUUUUUAAAAAGCUUACGUUUAAAAUGUUUGUCUUUUUUAUUAACUUGUAAUGUGUCACAGAGUAUAAGAAAAGAGAUAUAGAUAUAUAUUACAGAUUGUUAAGUGGGACGAUGUGUAAGCCUAUGUUUUUAAAACAAAGGAGAAUGUGGAGUUGUUGGUUGUAUCUUUGUUUCUUUUAUUUUAUUGUUAAAUAAAAAUGAAAGGAAACGAAAUCUGAUGCUGAA